AUGCCAGUUGGAUCUCUCCUAGACGUCCUCAUUAUCGGAGCCGGCCCGGCCGGGCUUUCUGCUGCCCUGUCUAUGGGCCGCGUCCUCCGAAGCGCCGUGGUCUUCGAUUCCAAAUCCUACAGAAACAGCAAAAGCUCGAACGCACACACGGUCCCUACAAGAGACCAUGAAGAUCCGGCGGCAAUCCGCGAGAUGAUGAAAAAAGAGUUGACCAGCAAGUAUAAGACCACCACGUUUGCCGAAAGCGCGGCCACAUCCGUGCAGGAAGUGGACGGCGGCUACCAGGUGGUCGAUGAGAAUACGCGCAAGUGGAAUGCAAGGAAGCUCAUCAUCGCCACGGGCGUUUACGACGUGCUUCCCAAUAUACCCGGGUUUUCCCAUGCGUGGGGGAAAGGAGUGUUCCACUGCCUCUACUGCCGAGGGUUCGAGGAGGCUGGCGCUCCAAAUGCGGCGGUCAUCAUCAAUCGAGGCGACUCAGCGGAAAUUGACAUCACGGUGUUCAAUAGCCAACUGGCCCAUCAAUUUACUCGAAACCUCACGAUCCUCCUGAAUGGGCACGAGCACCUCUUUAAAGACUCCAAGAUCAAGACAGCGGUGGAUCACGGGGUCAAGAUCAAUUCUCAGACUAUUCGGCGCAUCGAAUGGAGCGGUCCGGACCCAUCGACAAAGGUUGUCUUCGACGACGGGACGGAAGAAACGUUUGGAUUUCUCAUUCACACGCCCGAAACGAAACUGGUCGGAUCUUUCCACGAAACUCUUAACCUGGAGCUUACGUCGGCUGGUGACAUUGCCAUCACCUCACCCUUCCAGGAAACAUCACGCCCGGGGGUGUUCGCCUGUGGGGACUGUGCCACUGGGUUCAAAAAGGUGGCAUUCGCCAUGGCGGAUGGGAUUCGAGCUGGAAUGGGGGCGAACUUGCAGAUCAUGGAGGAAGAUUUUUCGCGGAGUUGGUGGUAG